AUGAAGUUCUCAAUCACUACUGUGACUGCACUGGCAGCAAGUCUUACCCAUGCACUUCCUUCAGGAUACCAGUCUGCUAUUCACAACGGCACAACUAUGGGCAUCACGAAUUCAUCAUCUACAAUCGCCAACCAGACCUUCGACUAUGUCAUUGCUGGAGGAGGACUGACAGGCUUGGUGGUUGCCAGUCGUCUUACUGAGGAUCCCAAGGUCUCUGUGCUGGUGAUCGAAGCCGGCCACGACAAUCACGCCGACCCAAGGAUCAACGAUGUUCGGAACUAUGGACAGUCCUUCUCGUCUGAACGACUUGACCAUCAAAUCUAUUCUACUCCAAUCGAAUCACAAGACGGCAACGGCUUACAACUUGUAGCCGGAAAGACCCUUGGAGGGUCUGGCAGUAUCAAUGGAGCAUCCUGGACGAAAGGAGCACGAUCUCAGUACGAUGUGCUUCCCCUGCUCACUGGUGACGACUCCUGGGGCUGGAACGAGUUCAACAAGUACAUGUUGGUUACCGAAGACUUCCACGUGCCUACUGCAGUGCAAAGAGACACGAAGGGUGCUCAUUACGACAGCUUGUACCACGGGUAUGGCGGACCAAUCGACGUCUCUUUUGCUGCGAACAUGUUCGCUGGUACUCAGCUUCCAGCGGUCGAAGCUUCGCAGCGGGUUUGGGAGAAUCUCACAAGAAAUUCGGACGCUGCGUCUGGCGUAACCACAGGCGCUACAAUAAUCCCGAACAUGCUACACUUCGACGAGUGGCAGAAUCGUUCGAGCGCAUUCACCCAAUACGCGCAACAUCAAGUCCAGCAAAGACAAAAUUUCGUGAUUCUCACCGGCCACCGCGUGACACAGAUUGUCUGGAAGCAAGACGAUGGCGAGCUCAUUGCAGAUGGGGUCCACUUUCAGGAGUCUGCAGAAAGCACAAUCCACACCGUGAAAGCAAGACGCGAAGUCCUUUUGGCCGCUGGCUCCCUCCAGAGCCCUCAAAUCCUCGAGCUCUCUGGCGUCGGCGAUCCCGCCAUCCUCCAGGCGGCUGGUAUCACACCAAAGCUGAAUCUCGCCGGUGUAGGAAAGCACAUGCAAGAACAAACCAAAAACACCCUCACCUUCACCGCCCACCCGGAAACAGACCACAACGGCACCGGCCCUCCAUCCGCUAUCGCAUUCCCGUCAGCACGCCAACUCCUCCGCUCCCGCGCUGAAGAGAUGUACUCCACCACCACCGCAGGCCUUGCCGACUACGCCAACCAACUCCAAUCGGAGGGCCUCGUCGCAGACGCUGACGCUACUCACACCAUCCUCCAGACUCAACUCCAGAACCUCUUCGAGACAACCGACUCCGCCGCGGCGGAAGUCUUCUUCACCAUUAAUCCCACCACAGACCAAGUCGGAAUCGACAACUGGAACCUCAUCGUCCUGUCCCGUGGGACAUGCCACAUCAAUUCAAGCGACCCAUGGCAACACCCCACCGUCAACCCCUCCUAUUUCCGCCAUCCUCUGGACCUCACAUUCCAAGUCGCCGUGAACCAACAGUCCCGCGAGGUCUUCGAGACGGAACCUCUCUCGAACUACGUCGUUGACGAAGUCACACCAGGAAAGAGCGUUGUCCCCGAGGGUGCAGGCGAGUCCGAGUGGGAGGAAUGGGUCAAGGGCAGUUUUACGAGUGUGUGGCAUUAUGUGGCUACGUUGGCGAUGAUGAAGGAGGAGAUGGGUGGUGUCGUGGAUUCGCGGCUGAAGGUUUAUGGGAUUGGGAAUGUGAGAGCUGUGGAUGCGAGUGUGGUGCCGAUUCAGCUGAGCGCGCAUCUGAGUAGUAGUUUGUUUGGGCUGGCAGAGAAGGCGGCUGCUAUGAUUAAGGAGGAUUGGGAGUAA